GUAUUUACACAAGUACCUUGGUGAGACUUUGCUGGAGCUGGCCUCCAGAGAUUUUGUGCUGCAAAGCCUCAUAUAGCAUCAAUCUGAUACGUCUGGAACGUUAUCAUAAAAUUUUCAAAAUGCCUGAAAAUAUAAACAUCAAGGUUGUGGCUCGUUGCCGACCAUUGACCUCUGAUGAGGCCAAUAAAGGCGCAAAGACAGCUGUGAGGGUAUCUGGUGACAAGAUUUCUGUGGAAACUGGUGGAAAGGAACAGUCAUUUAGUUUUGAUGGAGCAUAUGGAAGUGAUGCAAAAAAUGAUCAGAUUUUCAAAGAGAAAUGUGAAUCAGUGCUGCAGAGAGCCAUGGAGGGUUACAAUGUUACAUUUAUGGCUUUAGGCACGACGGGGUCUGGGAAAAGCUACCUGAUCAAUGGUACUGAUAGUGAACCAGGGAUAGCCCCAAGUGUCAUAAGGAGAGUCUGCCAAGUGAUGUCUGAGAAAAGUAACAGAGAAUUCUUCACUACUGUGUCCUAUCUAGAGGUCCUUGAUGAGAAAAUGACUGACCUCCUGAAUCCUCACAACAAUCCAAUGAAAAUUAGACAGCAUCCACACAAGGGAAUAUUCGUGGAUGGGCUAGCAGAGCUGGUAGUGUCUGGAUAUGAUGAAAUGCUGAGGUUGUAUGAGCAGGGAACACGAGCAAGGAAGAUGGGGGCUACUGAUCUACAGGCACACAGGGCGAGAGCUAAUGCAAUAUUUACCAUUGUCGUGGAGCAGAGGGAACGUCAAUCCAGUAAAGUUGGUGUCCGUUCCGUCAUCACCAUUGUUGACCUCGCAGGUACAGAUCACCGAGGCAGUGCAGACCCUCAAGUUAUGGCUGGUGUACAGGGUGUCCUCAAUGUGCUGAGUGUUUUGGGAGGCAACAAGAAGGGAUCAGCUGUUCCAUACAGGGACUCCACAGUGACCAGACUCCUACAGGAGUCUCUGGGUGGCAAUGCAGUGACAAUGAUGUUUGCUGUUGUGGCACCAACAGAUCGGACCCACCAGGAAACCCAUACCACACUACAGUAUGCUUCAUAUGCCAAGUCCAUCAAGAACCAUGUCAAGUUGAAUAUGAACCCGUAUGAUGAUUCCAGUGACAUUAUCCAGGACUUAAGAGAUGAGAUCUCUAAACUACGUGACAGGAUUGCUUCAUCCUCAGAACCCAACAAAGAUGAUGUUCUAAAGAUGCAGGACCUAGUACAAGACCUACAAAUAGCCAAACAGUCUACUUGGGCAGAGCGUGAGAGAUUGUCCCAGAAGUUUGAGGAGGAAAGGAAAAUCAACUUGGCAAAUAAGGGUAUCCUGGAGUGGGUCACAGACAAUGUGAGGAAGGGCAACAAGGAGUUACAGGAGAAGAUGAUACUUCUACAGAAAGAGAAGGACCAGCUGACUCUCCAAUAUAAAGAAAAGAGGAAAGGGGUUGAUGUAAUGAAUGAGGAGCUACAGAAGAGGAUUGCUGAAUACUCUAAGUGGACAGAGAGUGGAAAAUCCUCAGAAUCUGAAACCAAAAAGAGAGUGACUGCUAUACAUGAACUGAAGGAAAAGCUGAGGCGAGAGACAGACAUUUUGAAAAAACUCAAACAGCAGUUAAAGGAUGUUCAGGACAAACAGCGAGAGGAAAGGGAGAGUGCCAAGGCCCAGAUGACGGCAAUGAAGGGAAGUGCAGAAGUCAGGCAGAAAGUAGAGAUGGAGGAACGUCACCAGUUGGAACAGCAGCAUAAAGCUAUGGUGGCUGACGAACUGGAUAAGAUGAAUCUCGAGAUUGAACAGGAGAAGUUGGAAAUCCAGGUUAAAAUGACUGAUGGUAAAAAGUACACUCCGCAGGAGGGGGCAGGUCUGGAGAUACAGGUGGUGGAACUAAAGGCCAACAAAUCGGUUAUCACCUACCAGCUGCAGACUCUCCAACAGGAGAAGAACCGUCUGGCUAAGGAGUUGGAAGAUGUGUAUAAACUUCACAAGGACGAGAUGGAAAUUCAGCAGCUUCAGCACUUCCAGACGUUUCGUAGUUACCGAGAGAUGUUUGAGGAACAGAAAGCAGCCUUGGACCAACGCUACAGACAACUGCUGGAGGACUCCAUACAGGAUGCCGUUUUCUUGUCCAGUCGUAACAAUGAGCUGAUGGAGGAAAAUCAGGAUCUCAAACAAUCAAUUGCUGAGAUGAAGGAUGUGAUCACGAAGCUCGGAGGUCGUAUUCCAUCUGGAACUGUGUAAUCAACUGCCAUCAAGAGUUGUCUCCCUUCUUGGAUGUGACCGUGUCCAGAUUCCAAUUAUGAUUCGUGGAUUGUUAUUGGAAAAAAAAAUUCUGAACAUCUUAUCCUUGACAUUUUUUCAUCAUAUAGCACAUAUCAGCUAGUCUGAUUUCACAAAUUUUAUCAUAAGAACAUUCCUCUUCAAAAUUUUCUAUUUUGUAAACAUUCUCAGAUGAAAAUUUAAUCAGAUAAUUGAAUCUAUAAUACAUAUGAUUUAAUGAGUACUGUUGUCCUUGACAUAUUAUGACAUCAUAGUUUUAAUGAUGGAGAUCAUAUCAGGAAAUUUGUUAGUCCUGGUAAAUCCUGCAUACUUAGAAACAAAACUAACAAUUUAAGAACGGUACUCACUGGUGAUGUUUGAGCUUGAAUGUUGGAUGAAAAACAACUUAAAGAUAAUUUCUCCCUUACAACAAAAUUGAUGAAUAUAUGUACAUGUACAUGUAAAUGUAGAAAAUAAAGAAAUACAGAAUUUUAUGUGAGGUAACUUAUAAAUAUUUAUAAACACAACAUUCAUGUCAUAAACAAAGAAGUCCAUCAGAAAUGGUGACAAGCUAUGAAUCUUGUCGAGUAUACAUUUUGGUAUUGUACUAUUUCUAUGAAUCCGUCCAGUAACUUAGCAAUAUUAAUAUACCAUUGUUGUUAUUUCUGUUAAUACUUUAUCUACCUGCUUUCUUUUUUACAUCUGUGUUGACUGACUUCAUACAUUCCAUUUGUAGUUUAUAGUUAUUUAAUCCGAGCCACUGUAUAUCAAAUGUCAAAAGUGCUGGCCACUUGAUUUACAUGAUAUAGAUGUAUAUUAAGAAAAUUAAAGUUGUAUAUUUUAUUAACAAUAAAUCGUGACAAAAUGAAAAA